UCCUUGCUCCUCCCCAUCCAUCACCAGCCCGCGAACAGCACUGCAGAAGCGCCGGCAACUAACCUAGCAAGAGAUCAAUAGUAAUACAUAAAUAAUGGCGCGGUGGUCGGCGUCGACCGCCGCCGUGCUGGGCGCGGGCCUGCUGCUGUGCCUGAUGGCGCUGGCGGCGUCGGCGCAGCCGCUGCAGCCGGGCAACAUGCAGGUCAUCACCAUGGAGGGCAAGCGCAACAGCAAGUUCACCUGCACCGACGCCAAGAAGAACUCCAAGCGCCCAGGCUGCACGGCAACCUGCCCCAACCGAUGCCCCAAGAAGUGCCUCGUCCUCUGCCCCACCUGCAAGACCUUCUGCCUGUGCGACUUCUACCCCGGCGUGUCGUGCGGCGACCCGCGCUUCACCGGCGCCGACGGCAACAACUUCUACUUCCACGGCAAGAAGGACCGGGACUUCUGCAUCCUCUCCGACGCCGGCCUCCACAUCAACGCCCACUUCAUCGGCAAGCGCAACCCCGCCAUGAGCCGCGACUUCACCUGGAUCCAGGCGCUCGGCGUCCGCUUCGCGCACCACCACCUCUACGUCGGCGCCGCCAGGACCGCCCGCUGGGACGCCGCCGCCGACCACCUCGCCCUCGCCUUCGACGACGAGGACGUCGCCCUCCCGCCCGCCGCCGGCGCCCGCUGGUCCCCGCCCGCCGCGCCCGCGCUCUCCGUCACCAGGACCGCGCAGACCAACACCGUCGUCGUCGAGCUCAGGGGCGUCUUCCGCAUCAUGGCCAACGUCGUGCCCAUCACCGCCGAGGACUCGCGGGUCCACGGCUACGGCGUCACCGACGACGACAGCCUCGCGCACCUCGACCUCGGGUUCAAGUUCUACGACCUCACCGACGACGUCCACGGCGUGCUCGGCCAGACCUACCGCACCGACUACGUCACCGCCAAGAUGCCCGUCAUGGGGGGCGCCGACACCUUCCUCUCCUCGGGACUCUUCGAGACCGACUGCGCGGUAGCAAGGUUCGGAGGACGCGGCGCCGCCGCCGGCAACGGCAUCGCCAUGGUCACCCACUCCAAGUACCUGUAGAUCGACGGAUCGAUCUACGAUCCAGCAAUCAAGCUACGCGUGAUGACUGAUCAUGAGACGAACGUUUAUUUUAUUUAAUCUCCGUACGUAUAUAUACGGAUAUACGGAGUAUAUGUGUAUGUCCCGAUCUAAUUAACUGUUGGUUAUGUAUUGGUUAGUAUUUCAAAUCAACUUUUCUAUAUAAAAAACAGAAAUAAUUCAGGAGCAUAUAUAUGCAUGCAUCUAAGUGAA